AUGCAGUUAAUACCAAAUCACUUAAAAACAGUUUUUAAACUGUUAACAUCAGCCUCACCUCGUCUCAUUCAAUCGAUGCUUCCAAUGGCACUAGGUAAUAUAGAGCGAAUUGCGAAGCUGUGCGCUGAUUCAGCUAAUACUACACGGAACAAUUAUGCAAGCGUAACAAGUCUUCUACAAGAAAUAACGGAAAUUACAGUAGGAACCUAUGGCUACAACCAGAAUGAGCUGAAUUACACAAUUCAGUUGGUGAACAAUUUAGCCGGAGAACAACAAACAUUAAAUUUGCAGUUGGAAGAGAUUCGAACAAACUAUGAACUGGCACGAGAAAACUUAGAAAAAGCUCGAGAGGACUAUUACAAUGCAUUCCAUGCCAUUCCAACACGACCGAAAAGGAUCAUCGGAUUUCUUGUCGGAGGACUAGUGGGAGGCUUUCUAGGAUGCCUGAUCUCGUGCGGUGGUAGUUCACCGGCUCCUAUCGAUAAUACAGCAUUUCAAAAUGCAAAAGAUAAAGCAGAAUUAGCAUUAAAAUAUCUUAUGGAAGCAGAAACAAAAUAUGACGAAUGGUACUCUCAAAUGUUGGAAAAGCAGAAUAUGUUAACUGCAACUAUAAUGCAAAUGUCUCAAUUGAGUAUGGAUCAAACUGAUUAUCAGACUACUAUUAAUAUUUUGGUGCACGCAACAACGCAAAUCACUGAGAUCCAAAAACAAUGGACCAAUAUGACUAGAUUCUUUAGUGCAUUGGCCAUACGAGCAGAAAUGACUCGGGAGACUAUACUAUAUGAGUUUAUUGAAGUCAUCCAGAACGUGAUACCAACUAAUGGAGUGUUAGAUGAUGCUGAUCGAGAAUUUUUCGUUUUAUCGAUGCGUGAUGUAGCGGAUGAGAUAGAACGUGGUGCACACUUAUUAUACAUCAUGGCAAAAACAUAUUAUGAUGUUAGCGGUCAGUACAUGUUAAAUCAAAUUUCAGAAAUCACUGGAUUUGUGAUAACGCAAACAGAUGAUGAACGAGAAGCUCGCUUAAAGAAGCUUGCACAAGACACACUGUCAACAUCUGCAAAAGUUUCCAGGAUGGCAUUAGAACGAAAACAACAAUACAAAAAGAGAAAUCAAGCAAGACAAGAAGAAUACAGACAAUACAUUCAACAAGUCACUUUGGAAGGAUUAGAAUCAUCCGUUGGAAAAUAA